AUGCGCUCCUUACUUCCCUCAGCUGCCGCCCUUGCUCUUCUUUCCACCUUUGUGUCUGCCGACAAGCCUCUCAUUGGCGAUCUCGAAGCCUACAAUCGCGGCUAUCUUGGCGAAUUCCCCUCUCAGACCUUCCAGUCUUCGGAUAUCGUUGCCCCGUUGUUCCAGGUCAACACAUUUGACCCGAGUCUCAUCGACAACUCAGGAUACCUCUUCCUGACCCUGGAGUACAGAGGCAAAGGAGGUCCAGCCAUCUUCUCGAGCAAGGAUCUCAGCCUGGUGUAUGCCGAUCUCAAGUACCAGCGAGCCUUUGAUGCCCGCGCGCAGGAGAGUCAGGGUUUUCAAUACCUUACCUUCAUGGAGGGAGGUUUCUGUCACAUCUUUGACAAUACGUACCAGAAAAAAUGGACGGUUACAGUGGAUGGUCUGGGUGGAAUGGAAGCUGACAUCCACGAGUUUCAAUUCACCACCACGGGAACUGCCAUCAUGUCGGUGUACCAAGACGUCAGAUUCAACCUGACGGUUCUUGGGGGGGCGAUGGAUGGGUGGCUCAGCGAUUCCGUCUUUCAGGAGGUUGAACUUGAAACGAACCGCGUCACCAAUACUAAGGACAGCCACUAUCUGGUGUCAUCGAGGGCACUAUCAGCGAUCGCCCUGCUUCGAGCCGAGGAUCUCAACCCGCGGUGGAUUCUUGGGGGCAAACGAAAUCAAUUCAAAGAUCUCAGCGACGGAAACGCAACAAACUUUGCCCACCAGUACAAUGCCAGGUUUGUCCAGGGAAACGAGAGUCGGCUCAGCUUCUUUGACAACCAGGUUCGCGAGACGGGCGCUUGCAGCCAAGGCAACUGCUCUCGCGGAGUUGUUGUGGAACUCGACUACGAAGAGAUGACAGUAAAGCUCCUGCACGAAUUUUACCAUCCUCAACGCAUCUCGUCUGGCUCUGGUGGAAGCGUUCAAGGCCUAGACAACGGCAAUUUCCUGGUUGGUUGGGGUGCAAACCCUGGCAUCACGGAGCAUCUUCCCAACGGAACAAUGGCCAUGGACAUCCAGCGAGGGGUGAUUCCCCAUGACCAUGAAGAUCAAGUGGACAUGGAUAUGUCGGUUUACCGCGCAUGGAAGAUGGAUUGGGAUGGCCGGCCACCAUGGGGCCCGUCAAUUGCAUCAGUGUCCCCGGGAAAUGUGACGACGGAUGCUACCAUCUAUCUUUCAUGGAAUGGCGAUACCAAGGUGGCCAGAUGGGAGGUGUACGCUGGCGAGGACGAGAAGAACGUGACAACUUCUCGCAAGGUCAUCGGCAACUCGACUCGCACAGGUUUUGAAACGGAGAUCCUGCUCGAAGGGAUUUCUCAUCCCAAGUUUGCAAGAGCCGCUGCCCUGGACAAAGAUGGCGAGGUUCUGGGUCUUACAGCUACAGUCGACAUUGCGAGCGGCGAGAUCCAUGGGAACAGCAGCAAUGAAGACAUAAUCAACAAUCCAGAAGAAACGAAAGGAGACAAUGAAGAGGAGGAGGAGGAGGAUGCAUCAUUCCAUGCGAGUCCCUCAAUGGGUUUGGUGUUUGCUAUGGCGGUGAUUGUCGCAUGCUAUCAUUUCCUUUAA